GUUUUCUAUGGUCUCUGCUGCCCCCCUGGCCAAAACAGAUACUUGGCCAAAAGAUGUGGGCAUCCUUGAACUGGAGGUCUACUUCCCAGCCCAAUAUGUCGACCAAACUGACCUGGAGAAGUACAACAAUGUGGAAGCAGGGAAGUAUACAGUGGGCUUGGGGCAGACCCAAAUGGGCUUCUGCUCAGUGCAGGAGGACAUCAACUCCCUGUGCCUGACUGUAGUGCAACGACUGAUGGAGCGCACACAGCUCCCAUGGGACUCUGUGGGUCGACUGGAAGUGGGCACUGAGACCAUCAUCGACAAAUCCAAAGCUGUCAAAACAGUGCUCAUGGAACUCUUCCAGGAUUCAGGCAACACUGAUAUUGAGGGAAUAGAUACCACCAAUGCGUGCUAUGGUGGCACUGCCUCCCUCUUCAAUGCUGCCAACUGGAUGGAGUCCAGCUACUGGGAUGGUCGCUAUGCACUGGUAGUCUGUGGAGACAUUGCAGUGUACCCCAAUGGUAAUGCACGCCCCACGGGUGGUGCUGGAGCUGUGGCCAUGCUGAUUGGGCCUAACGCCCCAUUAGCCCUGGAGCAAGGACUUAGAGGAACCCACAUGGAGAAUGCCUAUGACUUCUACAAACCAAAUUUGGCUUCAGAGUACCCUUUGGUGGAUGGCAAGCUCUCCAUCCAGUGUUACUUAAGGGCCUUGGACAGAUGCUAUGCAUCAUACCGCCGAAAAAUCCAGAAUCAAUGGAAGCAAGAUGGCAUCGAUCGGCCUUUCACGCUUGAUGAUAUACAGUAUAUGAUCUUUCACACACCCUUUUGCAAGAUGGUUCAGAAAUCUCUGGCUCGCCUGAUGCUCAGCGACUUCCUGUCAUCCAGCAAUGACACACAGAAUACCUCAUAUAAGGGACUGGAGGCCUUCAGGAACCUAAAGCUGGAAGAAACCUAUACCAACAAGGAUGUGGACAAAGCCCUGCUGAAAGCCUCUCUAGAAAUGUUUAACAAGAAGACCAGGGCCUCCCUCUACCUCUCUACACACAACGGGAACAUGUACACCUCAUCCCUGUAUGGCUGUCUGGCCUCACUUCUGGCACAUCACUCUGCUCAGGACUUGGCUGGCUCCAGGAUUGGCGCCUUCUCCUAUGGCUCUGGCCUAGCAGCAAGUUUGUUUUCAUUUCGAGUGUCCCAGAAUGCUUCUCCUGGGUCCCCACUGGAGAAGUUGGUGUCUAGUGUGUCAGACCUGCCAAAACGUCUGGCCUCCCGGAAGCGUAUGUCUCCUGAAGAAUUCACAGAAGUAAUGAACCAAAGAGAGCAAUUCUACCACAAGGCAAACUUCUCACCACCUGGUGACACAAACAACCUUUUUCCGGGUACUUGGUACCUCGAGCGAGUGGAUGAGAUGCAUCGCCGAAAGUAUGCCCGGCGUCCCAUCUAAAACUGAUCCACAGAGCAGUUCUUGUGGAAGAGCACUAGCACAGCCUCUGCCCAUGGAUCAUGUUUAAAAUACUGCCCUUGGCUGGUAAAUGUAUUUGACCCUACCCAGUAGCCCCCAUAAACACUGGCCCUGAAGAUGAGGAGUGAAGCUCCCCUGAAGAAAGAAUACAGCCAAAGCCUUCAAGGAAUAAUAGCCGAAAACUCCUCUGAAGAAAAGCAGGUGCAAUGAAGCUUCUCCAAAGAUCAGCUGAAAUCCUUCAUGCCGAUUCUUUUUAUACUGUUCUGACAACAAUUCUCCUUAAAGUGGGUUUUCCACACCCAGAACCAUGCUGACUCAAUUUAGCUGGGUGUUCCCACUCAAAAUGACAAUCACAGUCCACCCCUUGUCAACUUGAUAAUGACAUAGAUUUCCUUAAACUAGUCUCCAGUAGGAUAUUUGUAAAGAAUUAAUGUCUUGAUCUAUUCAGAUUUACACUAAUAUAACAAUUACAUGUAUAUAAUUCUUAUUGCACUUAUUUCCACACCAAAAACAAAUAUUCAAAGAGUUCUCAAAAUUCAAAAUUAAAACUACAAUGUUUUGACUAAAUAACCUCAUUACAAACAUGUGUCUAAAACCUAUAAAUGUAUAUACUUCACAAAAACUUUCUUGUGUAUCUCUUACUUUGUCCCAAAAUCUUAAAAAUGCAUUUAAUACUAAUCAAUGAUUAAAAUACCAAAAAAGCAAAUGAGCAGAAAACCAUGUGCCUCACAUGACAAAUUAAAAAAUUAAUGAUUUGCUUACAAUGUACAAUAGAUCAAGACAAUGCCUUCACAUGAAAAAUAUGGGCUUUUCAGGUUUUAAACCUCCCUUGACUCUAUGUAAAUGGUUUAAAAUUUAGUUGUAUUGCAAAACAUAAGAAAUCUGUGUAAUAAAGCCUAGGCCCUUAAUGUACCAGAUUUUAAAAUACUUAAAAAACCAGUAUCUAUUAAUAUUAUAUCACAUUAAAAUCACAGUGAGAAAGCUA